CCAGGAGUUUGUCAGAUGCGCAUGUAGCGGCUCGCGGGGUUCUAAAUGGAACAAUGUGACUGGUCGGAAGUGACAGCCUUAACCGUGUGGGGUUAACGAUUAAGCCAGGUACGGGCCGUUACCGUAAAUAAGGCAUGCAUACCGGCACCCACGCAUCAGGCUGCAGCACACAUUAUAACGGAGUGCAGGAUACGAGACAACAGUUUUGACAGGAUACGAGACAACCGUUUUGAGGCGUUCAGCAGUGCGCUCUGUUCUGUGUGGUUUCUCUCGUCUCCUCUGUGGACCUCUGCGUUUUAGGUAAACAGCAGCCAGAGCGCUGGAGGAGAAGUACUCUCCCGCAGUGCAGCUCCGUAACUCUAUCCGUGUGCUGCAGACCUUUAAAUACUCCUCAUAAAAUAGCCACUUGGUGAAAGGUGAGACCUUCCCAGCCCAGGACACCGACUAGCGCGAGCUAGUCUGAAAGGACCAUCAGAGCGCGUGCAGGACUGGAUGACUUUCUGAAAAGAACUUCAGGCUACUAGCUGGACCUGCAAUAUUUCAUGUACUUUUCCAUACCAACUUUUCAAGACUUUUUGGUUACCAGUCGUUGUUGACCAGAUAACAAUUGGUUUGUUCGUUUGUUUUGCUGUCUUUAACAAAUAUAUAAUUGUGUUUCAUUCUUCUAUACAUCUGUCUACCGUGCGCAUGCAGUGAAUGGAGAACAUACUCCAGCUUCUCCCAAAGCACCGGCAAGAUCUCACACAUGCCUGGGGGAGAGCAGCUACGCACACCUGCCUUUGCAGUAGCCUAGUUGUGCCUUCAAAACGUUUUUUACCACAUUAUUUUGUGUUCAUGACCACACCUGAGAUCAGGUUAUUAAAAACCGAUCAAGGGAAAUCUAAACUCAAACAUCCCACAGCUUUUAGCCAUAGCGUAUAUUUGUAAUUCAGUUUACUGUCCCCAAAAGCUUCCGCAUGGUACUUUGGUCGAAAGAGCAAGACAAACCGUCGGACACCGACAUGUCAUCCGGGGCGAUAGAAAUGAAGAAGGUGGUGCCACCAGUGUACCUCCACUCCAACGGCUCCGUUCACCCGGCUAUCCUCACUGACGACCCCGAGGUGAUGAGACCGGAGGAGAGGGGCGAGUACGAGCUCACGGAAGUGACAUCCUUCACGGACAGGUCUGGUGAACCAGGAGAUGAAGGCCGGGAGAUAGUGGUGAUAGACUGCCGGGCGAAUGCCAAGGGCCAGCGCGAGGAGGAUGCUCUCCUGGAGAACGCCAGCCAGAGCAACGAGAGCGAUGACAUAAGCACCGACCAGAGCCCAGAGCCACCAGCGCCGCUAAAAGAAACCUCCUUCUCCAUCGGCCUCCAGGUGGUCUUGCCGUUCCUGCUGGCCGGGUUCGGGACGGUGGCGGCGGGCAUGGUGCUGGACAUUGUUCAGCACUGGACGGUGUUUACAGAGGUGACAGAGGUCUUCAUCCUGGUCCCUGCGCUGCUGGGGUUAAAGGGCAACCUGGAGAUGACACUGGCCUCCAGACUGUCCACAGCGGCUAAUAUUGGUCAGAUGGACUCAGCCAAGGACAUGUGGAAGAUGAUCGUUGGAAACCUCGCCCUCAUCCAGGUCCAGGCCACGGUAGUAGGGUUCCUGGCGUCCAUCGCCGCGGUGAUCUUUGGCUGGAUCCCCGAGGGAAACUUUAGACUGGGACAUGCUAUCCUGCUGUGUGCCUCCAGUGUGGCAACCGCAUUCAUCGCUUCUCUGAUACUAGGGAUCAUUAUGAUUGGUGUAAUCAUCGCAUCCAGGAAGGUGGGCAUCAACCCUGACAACGUGGCCACGCCCAUCGCUGCCAGUCUGGGAGACCUGAUCACCCUCUCUCUGCUGGCUGGCAUCAGCACAGGACUAUACAAGGAGCUGGAGUUUAACGACUAUGCCAACCCGUUGGUGUGUGCUGUGUUUGUGGCGCUGACCCCUCUGUGGGUGCUGAUAGCUCGGAGGAUCCCCUCCACCAGAGAGGUGCUCUACUCAGGUUGGGAACCUGUCAUCAUUGCCAUGGCAAUCAGCAGUGUUGGGGGUCUGAUCCUAGAUAAGACCGUGUCAAACCCCAACUUCGCUGGCAUGGCUGUCUUCACUCCUGUUAUCAACGGUGUUGGAGGUAACCUGGUAGCGGUGCAGGCCAGUAGAAUCUCCACCUAUCUGCACAUGAACGGUAUCCCUAUGGGAGACCCUGACCCCAACCCCAGGAAAUGCCCCACCCCCUGCACCUCCUUCUUUGGCUCCAAUGUGAACUCUCGUUCGGCACGGGUGCUCUUCCUCCUGGUUGCUCCAGGUCACCUGGUCUUCCUCUACACUAUCAACUCCAUGCAGGGAGGACACACCACGCUAACAUCCAUCUUCAUAGCCUUCUACAUGGCUGCUGCACUACUGCAGGUGUUGAUCCUGUUGUACCUGGCUGACUGGAUGGUCCACUGGAUGUGGAGUAGGGGGAUGAACCCUGAUAACUUCUCUAUUCCUUACCUGACGGCCCUGGGAGAUCUGCUGGGGACCGGCUUCCUGGCCCUCUGCUUCCAUGUCCUAUGGCUCAUUGGAGACAGAGACACCGAUGUGGGAGACUGAACACACACACCUGGACAGCAUAUAUACACAGCAUCAAUACCAGAUCACCGGAAACAACCUGAACAACUGAACUGUACAGUAUCUCCCUCUGGACAUCAGAACCACAGAACAACUGAAUGACUUUCAGACCCAGACCUCAACCCUGACCCAUUGACCCCCAAUCUUCCCCAAAACCCCUCUCCCUGGGUCGCAGACUAUGCCAUUUUUUCUUUAUUUGACUAAAUAAGAGUUCUACUACUAUCGUUUUUAUUGUUAUUAUGAUGACUAUGAUUAUUAUUGGUAAUAGUGAAUUUGAUAUGAAUCUAUAUCUGUUUUACCGUUGGGUGGAUGAAACCUCAUUAUUUUCAAUGGGGACAUUCUCCCUUGGGCCAGUCACAUUGGCAGCAUUUGUAAAGAUGAGAUCAAUCUUAGACUUGAAAUGAAGACAGACAGCAAAAAAAACUCACACAAGCCUAGAAUGCUUAAUCACCAAGUGCUAUACGUAUAAAGAGAUUAAUCCAUUUUUAAAGGACCCUCUCAAUUUGCCUUGCCUUGAGAGUAGUGAUUCAGUGGGGGCUGCUCCACAGGGGCCCGGACCAGAAUGUAGAGACCUGAAUCCGCUUAGGUAACAACCUCCCAACCCCGUCAGAGGAUGUCUGAACACUAACCUGAACAGAAACAGGAAGUGUUAACAGCUCUGGGUAGAAGUUGCCCUUAACAUCUAGAAUCAGCUUACCCUCCCAAAUCCUAACCUUAACCAUUGGGGAGGGAUGAAAACAUAACUAACCCUGUAUCAGUGGUAAGAGGCAACUUCGACCUACUCCGUGGACAUAGGUCAUCAAGGAGGUGAAAGUUAUCCACUUGAUCACUCUGUUGCCUAAUGCAGACUGCAGUGAGAAGACCUGUGUUCUGAUUAGAAGGCUUUAAUGGGCUUAAUUAGUUAGUGAGGAAAGACAGGAUGUUGAGGGAGGAAUUGUCAAACCAAUAUUGCCUGUUUAGGAAUAUCAUCUCUCUUUUUCUGUCUCUCGCUCUCUCGAUCUUUCUCGAAUGGUACAAACAACAUCAGCUUUCUUGAGUUGAAGCAACUCAAGGCCUGUCCAUGCUGACUACCACACUUCCUUAAUGUCUGUUGUGCAUUGUACACACACCAUGCAGCUGACCUAUAAUAUCUGCCACAUAGACGCCAUGCUUCAAAAUGGCCUCCUAUCCUACCCUCAUUUACAUACUGUCAGUAUAAACACUGUAAUUCUCAUAAGAAGCAGAUCCCAGCUUGAUGGUGAAGUGCAUGUGUUAUCAUCUGAUGCUUUGUUAUCUGGUGUUCGAUUUAAAUGUUGUUUUAAGGGGCCAGCAGAGUGCAUGUGCAGGGCACAUAACAUGAAUAUGCAAAACUUAUCUUUAAAAGAUCAUGUUUUCCUUCUUAGGUUUGUGACACAUUUUACAAAGUGGAAGUUGUGUCCGUUAUUAGAUGUAUUCUUUAACUUCAUUAUUUCUCCUAAUCUUUCUGUGAUCUUAUGUGUUAGUCAUAGUCAUAGAGAAUGAUUAUGUCAUGUAUAUGAUUGAGGCAGUCCCAGUGGGGAAUAGUAUCACUGUGUGGAAAGUACUGUAAUAUACACACACAGGCACCAGAGGGUGACAUUGUCAUAUGAGUGAAUAUGAGACAGUGUUGAUAGUGAUCGAGGCUCUGUUCACUAUUCCCUUCAUUUAGAUUCUAGAACCUGUAUACAAGAUUCUAAUGUAAAACCUGUGUCCUCUAGAUUCUACAACCUGUAUCUAUGAUUAUAGAAUCUAUACCUUCUGGAUUCUAGAGCCUGUAUCCAAGAUUCUAUUCUAAAACCUGUCCUCUGGAUUCUUGAAGCGGAACCCUGGAUCUAGAACCUGGGUUCUCUCUGCUGUCUUACUGAACCUGUGCCAGCGUUCUGCCCCAGUACGGAUAAGAGGUUGUGAAUAAUUCUUCAGGGGGAAGGAAUGCUUUGUCUAUUUAUUUUUAGAUGCACACAAAGCAAAUUGUACAUACUAUAUUUAUUCUAUAAAUAAGGUGUUUAUUUUUCAUUUAAUUUUGUCUCGGUUCUGUGUCGCUGUUUUUGUUUUUGUAAUUGUUUAUCUCAUUUUCUUUUUUUUCUUUUUUUGUUUGUCCUUUUUUGGGGUUGUAUCCGGCCAGUAGAGCUUCAGCGCUGCCGCGGUAGAUUAGCGGCUAAACUAACAAACAGAACAGUGUGGUGCCUAAUAUCUGAUGAACCUCUCACACCCAAACAUAGAAGGCCUUAACCUAUCAGGAGCCAAGCUCAACACAUAGUAACCAAUCAGGAGCCAGGCUCACCACAGAGUAGCAUCUCUUUAAUGAGCUUUUAUUAAUAACUGACAUACCUUGAUUUUAUGUAAUGUAAUGAAUGAAUGAGCAGUCUAUGAGAGAGGCUGCAUGGAUGCAGUGGUUGGGAAUCACUAAGGCCAGAACCUUCAAUUGAGAACAUAAUGAAUAGAUGGAUAUUGUAAACAGAAGGCUCUGACUAGAACAGACUAGUAGUCAGACAACACACAGGUAUAACGGACUGAUCAUUUCUCUAUAACCCUUUCCCUCAACCCUCACCCCCACCUCCCACAGACACACACACAUAUGCACACACACACUACUAGCACAAACUGUCCAUACAGAUAUAUUGAUUACACACACAAACACACACGCAUACACUGUAUUUGGAACUGUGUGCUCCCCCUCUGUAACCCUGUAACUGUAGUGGGGUUCUCUCUCUGCAGGACUUUAUAAAUUGCUGGAAAUAAAGGACUAUAUUAUUUCGUACCACU